AUGGAUCGCAUUGGGGAUUUCUGGAAGAAGAGCAAGCGCGAGGUCAAGGACCUGCUGGCUGACGUCGGCCUGCGCGACGACGAGGCCCCAGCGCAGCCUCCGCCCCCGCCCUUGGACUCCCACCCCAAUCAUCAGCACCAAUUCCAGGAUCGGCGCCCGCAGCUGGACCAUUGCCAUCAUGACUACCACCGUCGCCGAAAGGGCAUCUUCUGCCAUUACAUGGUCGGAAGCAUGGGCAGCAUCGAGCAAGCCCACACUGAUGUCAGGGAAGCGAAGUCGGUUGGAUUCGAUGCCUUUGUCUUGAACGUGCAGAACGUGAAGGAUGACUGGUCCUUGACCGCGCUGUCCUGGGUCUUUUCCGCUGCCGAAGCCGCCGAUUUCAAGCUGUUCUUCUCGUUUGACAUGGAUGUUCUGGCCGACCCCGUGGAUUUCCUGCCGCUUUUCGUCCACUACCAGGCCCAUCCCGCCUACUACCGCUACCAGGGCCUGCCUUUCGUCAGCACUUUCCAGGGCGGUCGCAAGGCCUUUGACCUGCCGCACCCCAACGAAGGCUGGACCUUGAAGUUCCGUGCCCAGCUCCAGGACCGCUAUGGAAUCAUCCCAUUCUUUGUGCCCGACUUUGAUGACCACGGCGGCGCCGCUUAUGACGACAAUUUCUUCAACCGCUACUCCGUCGUCGAUGGUGUCUUCAGCUGGGAGACGGCCUGGCCUUUCAAGGACGAUGGCGUCAGCGACGUGAGCUCCGCCGUCGACGAGGUCGGCAUUCAGUGCGCCCACAAUUCUGGCAAAGUCUACAUGAUGCCCAUGUCUUCGCUGCAGUUCAAGCGAAUUGACGGCAGCGGCAACUGGUAUCGCCGCGGUGAGCUCAACCUCGCCCAGCGCAUGGCCCAGGUGCUGGCCUUGUCUCCCGACUUCGUUCAGAUCAUCUCGUGGAACGACGCUGGUGAGAGCCACUAUAUUGGCAAUGUGUGGCCAGAGGGCAUCGCCAGUUGCCCCGACAUCGGUCUCUACACCGAUGGCUACGACCACAAGGCCUGGCUCCACGUCAUUGCACCCUUCAUAGCCGCCUGGAAGGCUGGUGCAACCCACCCUUCUCAAAUUGUGCCGUUUGGCGGUUUUGCUGGCGCUUUCUGGUACCGUGACCGCCUGGCUCACACACACUGUCCCGGCGACAGCAUGGGUCGGCCUUCCGGUUGUGAGAACGCCGAGGAUGCCAUCAACUUUGCCAUUUUGCUGCCAGCAGACACCAAGGGCGUUGGCAUCAAUGUUUGGAGCGGCGGUGAAUUGCUCGCCUCUAUUCCAGGACAGCCGGGCCUGAACGCCCACAGCGUAAAGGGCGCGAAGACGGGCCCGCAAAGGGUUGAGCUCAUCAAGGAUGGCCACCUUCCAAUGGGUGCUGGCGACAGUCCUGUGAACAUCACUGAUGAGGCUGACGAGAGCAAGACGUAUAACUACAACUAUCACGUCGUGCAUAUCUCGUAA